UGCUUAAAUUAAAAAAGUUUAGCGAACUCCAAUCUAAUGGCUCAGCAUUCUCUCUCCUCAAUCUCAAUAUUGCCGUCGCAAAACCCCAUUUUGCCCUCUCUCUUUUUAUCCUCCUCUCUAUCACCGCCAUCAAAUCCGCCACCGUAAACCGAUUGCUCUCGUUGCCGUCUUUCACCGCCUCUUAAACCGUCGUAAAUCCGGAAAAGAAACAAUAUGUCCGGCGUCCUCCCGCUUUCCUCCAGAGAAGACGAGCCAUUUAUAGGUGCUAGAAAUAGUGCUGGAAAUGGAGACUCGUUAGCAAUCGAGAUGGAGCAAGAGACGAGUACUUCGACGAGUUCUGGCGGGAGUUCGAGGAAAAAGAACAGCAGAUUGAAAUGUUUCGGCGUCGAUCUGUCGCCAGAUAAUGUGGCAGUUGCUAUGGUGUACUUCGUUCAAGGCGUUUUAGGCCUUGCAAGGCUUGCUGUUAGCUUUUACUUGAAAGAUGAUUUGCAUCUUGAUCCUGCUGAAACAGCUGUGGUAACCGGUUUUUCUGCACUACCAUGGCUUGUUAAGCCACUUUAUGGUUUUAUUAGUGAUUCAAUCCCACUGUUUGGUUAUCGGAGAAGGUCAUACUUGGUUCUAUCAGGACUUCUUGGUGCUCUUUCAUGGAGUUUGAUGGCCACCUUUGUUGACAGCAAGUAUGGUGCUGCAUGCUGCAUACUUCUUGGAUCUUUUUCUGUUGCCUUCUCGGAUGUUGUUGUAGAUUCCAUGGUUGUGGAGAGGGCUCGUGGGGAGUCACAAAGCGUGUCGGGUUCUCUUCAGUCUCUAUGCUGGGGAUCUUCAGCUUUUGGUGGAAUUGUGAGUUCCUAUUUUAGUGGCUCUCUGGUGGAUGCUUAUGGUGUAAGGUUUGUUUUUGGUGUCACUGCAUUGUUACCACUGAUAACAUCUGCUGUUGCUGUUCUUGUAAAAGAACAGCGUGUGAUUGGCCAAGCAAGGGGGCCAAAUGUUCCUUUGGGAAAUUCUAGCUUUCUUAAAAGCUCAAAAGAAAACAUUAUUCAGUUGUGGACUGCUGUCAGACAGCCCAACGUAUUUCUUCCCACAGUUUUUAUUUUCUUGUGGCAGGCAACACCACAAUCGGACUCUGCCAUGUUUUUCUUUACCACAAAUAAACUUGGUUUCACCCCAGAAUUUCUAGGACGUGUCAAACUUGUUACUUCAGUUGCAUCGCUGGCUGGAGUUGGACUGUAUAAUGGUUUUUUAAAAAAUGUUCCUUUGCGGAAGAUUUUUCUUGCCACAACAGUUACUGGUACAGUUCUUGGAAUGACUCAGGUCUUUCUUGUCACGGGAUUGAACCGACAGUUUGGAAUAAGUGAUGAGUGGUUUGCAAUUGGGGAUUCCUUGAUUCUAACAGUCCUUAGUCAGGCUUCUUUCAUGCCUGUUCUCGUACUUGCUGCAAAACUAUGUCCAGAAGGAAUGGAAGCAACACUUUUUGCAACCCUGAUGUCCAUAUCAAACGGAGGCAAUGUCCUUGGUGGUCUGAUAGGCGCUGCCUUGACUCAAAUAUUCGGUGUAACAAAGGAUAAAUUCGAUAACCUAGCCGCCUUGAUAAUCCUCUGUAACCUCUCGUCACUGUUGCCUUUGCCACUACUUCACCUCCUUCCUCGAGAUGAUUCCGACACUGCUUCUAAGGUUUACACAGAAUUAGAAGAAAGUGGGGAAGAGAACUGUAAAUAUCAUGGAACGGUUACUACUACGAGUCCCAAACUUUCCUCGAUUGAAAUGACUUAACGACUUAUGAAAGUUUGGUUUGCCUAAGUUCUCACUUUUUAACACUCUAAUUUCUUAUCUAAUUUAUUCAAGGAA